AUGGAGCGCGUUUCCCAAAAGGAGCGCGAGGGGGCGCCCAGCACCUUGCUCAACCUCUUCAAGUACAGUGAGCAGCUGAUGUCAUCAAGAAGCUUCAACUCCAAAAAUCGUGCUUUGUGGUGGCACAGGCCGGAUACAACAGAUCAGAGGUGGUGCCAGAGAGUGAGAGUUGAUCCCGAGAGCCUCGUGAGUGACGGAGUGGGGAGCCAGGCACUGCGGUCUUCAUGUCUGAGGACUCCGGCGGCCUGUCGACGCCUGUUGUGCCUGAGCAACGACGACGAGCUGCAGGAGGUGAUAGGUGAGAACCUGCCCGCGACCAUCAACGGGGACGACGAAGAGCAGCGUUUGGUAGAAGGUAAAAAGCUCCAAGAAAAAUGUCUCAGACUCGGCUCCCCCGUGUCUCCUGCUGGGCUUUACUGCUGCUAUGCAGUGAUCACCAUCCUCACUGCAGUUGUGAUUGCACUUUCUAUUGCUCUGUCAUUGUCAGACUUGGGAAACCAGACAUUCAGCCAGAACUACUGCAUUGCACUAAAGGCCCAACUAGCUCGAUUUGACAACCAAGAGGAACUGAGUUUCCUGAAGAGAUACAAAGGACCUUCUGACCACUGGAUCGGUCUGCACAGAGAGUCAUCACACCACCCUUGGAUGUGGACAGACAACACCGAAUAUAACAACUCGUUUCCCACCCGAGGAGAAGGACCGCAUGCCUACCUGAGUGACAGAGGGAUCAGCAGUGGCAGGAACUACAUACGUAGGAGGUGGAUUUGUAGCAAACCCACCAGCUAUGCUUUACAGUGUCCAGGAGUCUCACAGCUUGUGUAGAGAGUGUGUCAAAGUGAUCAUGAGAGAUCUGUAGCAUGUUAUCUACGAUUACAGUUUCAUUUCUUUAACUUAUGAAGUUAUCAAAAUUAACUCACAAUCUUUGCUAACAUCAGAGAUAAAAACUAUGAUAGAGGGUACUUGGGAGACUAUGGGUUAUUUUAAAUUAAAUUAAAUAAGUGUUUAUAUUGGUUUGUACUCACAUCAUAAACCUGAAUACAAUCACAUCAUUCAUUAAAAUAACAUUACUCUGUGUUUUAUUCAUAGUUCAUUUAGUGCCCCCUUUGUUUCAAUCCAUUCUAUUUCAGAUUUUAUUUCACUAUUUCUCAAAUAUGUAAAUACUUUUAAUAUUGAAAUUACUUUGUGUUUAGCAGUUUUAAUUAUCUUAUUUACAGUACAUGUUACCCAAAUACUGGGGGAGAAAUAUCACUGACCCAAAUCUUCAUGACCAAAUUAAUCAAUUAA